UGGUUUUAAAAGUCUGCGCGGCGGCGAGAGCGGUGAUCGUCGUUGAUACUUGCGAGUUUUUUCGAAAUUUAUUGAGGUUAGACUGGAUUUCCCUGAUAAUGGGGGUUUGAUGUGAUAUAUCUACACGAGAAGGAUCAGGUGGCCGACUGUCAUCUCCUUUAAAUCCCACGGCGGCCUAACGUGAGCGCCGCAAUCACUCUGCCAUGACCAUCAUCAAAACGAAGCGCGCAUCGGCGGCGGAGAGGCCGCAGCGGCGCAGGAGCGGCCUGAAGGCGCCGCCGGCGGCGGUCACCGUGCGGGCCGGCCGGCGCGCGCCGGCGGCCGGCCGCGCCGCCGCCGCCGGCACCGCCGCCGCGCAGGCCUCCAAUGUGCGCGUGGUGGUGCGCGUGCGGCCCGAGAACGAGCGAGAGAGCCAGGGCGGCUACCGGCUAGUGGUGCGUCCACUGGACGACCACAUGCUCAUCUUCGACCCGCGCCAGCAGGACGAGGACUUCUACUUCCAGGGCGUGCGCCAGCGGCAGCGCGACCUCAACAAGCGUGCCAGCAAGGACAUGCAGUACAUGUUCGACCGCGUGUUCCACCCGCACCACAGCAACCAGCAGCUGUUCGAGGCCACCACCAAAGACGUCAUCGACACUGUCAUCGACGGCUUCAACUGCUCCGUGUUCGCCUACGGCUCGACGGGCGCCGGGAAGACGCACACGAUGCUGGGCACCAGCUCGGAGCCGGGCAUCAUCUUCCUGACGGUGAUGGAGCUGUACUCGCGGAUCGCGGCCAUGGCCGACACGCGCUGUCAGGUGGCCGUCUCCUACGUGGAGGUGUACAACGAGACGGUGACGGACCUGCUGCAGCCGAGCGGGCCGCUGGACGUGCGUGAGGACGGACAGCGCGCCGUCGUCAUCGCCGGCCUGUCGCAGCAGACGCCCGACGGGCCCGAGCACCUGAUGGCCAUCCUGGCGGCCGGCAACCAGAGGCGCACGCAGCACCCCACCGACAUGAACGCCGAGAGCUCGCGGUCGCACGCCGUCUUCCAGGUGACGCUGCGCCAGUCUGACGGCACGGCCGGCCUCUCGCAGGACGUGCGCGUCUCCAAACUGUCCCUGAUCGACCUGGCCGGAUCUGAGCGUGGCUCGGCCACCGGACACAAGGGCGCCCGGUUCCGCGAGGGCGCCAACAUCAACCGCUCGCUGCUGGCGCUUGGCAGCUGCAUCAACGCGCUGGCCGACGGUAAGAAGUUCGUGCCGUACCGCGACUCCAAGCUGACCCGGCUGUUGAAGGACUCGAUCGGCGGCAACUGCAAGACGGUGAUGAUCGCCAACGUGACGCCGUCGGCGGCCAGCUUCGAGGACACGCACAACACGCUCAAGUACGCCGACCGCGCCAAGGCCAUCAAGACCAGGCUGCAGCGGAACGUGGUGUCGGUGGACAUGCACGUGGCCCAGUACGCCAAGGUGGUGGACGAGCUGCGCCAGGAGGUGUCCGAGCUGCGCGCCCAGCUGGCCGAGCGGCCGGCCGCCGCCCCGACGGCGCCGCCGCAGGCCGAGGCGGGCCGCGCGCCGGCCGGCCCCGCUACCGACCAGCUGGUCGACCAGCUGGAGAAGGAGCGCCAGCUGGACGAGUGUCGUUCCUCACUCUCAGUGGCUGUAGCAGUGUCUGACGGCGGCCUGUCCGCUGGUGUCUGUCCGCCGGUGUCUGACGGCUCUUGCCAGCUGGACGAGUGUCGUUCCUCACUCUCAGUGGCUGUAGCAGUGUCUGACGGCGGCCUGUCCGCUGGUGUCUGUCCGCCGGUGUCUGACGGCGGCCUGUCCGGUGGUGUCUCUCCGGUGGUGUCUGACGGCUCUCGCCAGCUGGACGAGUGUCGUCCCUCACUCUCGCGCCAGCUGGACGAGUGCCGCGUGCACGCCGCCCACCUGGAGACCUUCUCGCGCCUGCUGCAGCUCGAGCUGGCCAGCUCGGACCAUCUGCUGGCCCAGCUGAUCGGCGCCGUCCGCGAACAGCACCGCGUGCUCACCUACAUGAAGUUCGUGACGCCCGAACUGGAGGCCCAGUACAAGGAGGUGGUGGGCCUGGUGGAGGGCCAGAAGGAAGUGUGCUGGGCGGACCAGCAGCAGCCGGCCGCCGACAGUCCGGGCCAGCCCAGCUACGACGUGACGGCGCUGCUGCGACUGGCAGACACCACCUACCGGCCGGCCGAGCCGCUGCGGCAGGCCACCGGCGGCCUGCUGCUCAGCGCGCCCGCGCCCGCCCCCGCGCAGCCGGCCACCGGCCGCUGGACGCCGUGCCGGCCGCGGCACCAUCGGCCCGGCAGCCCCGUGUUCUUCGACGCGGAGCCCGGCCCGGAGACGCCGCGGCCGGGCGGCCCACCGGGGGCGGACGCAGUGGCCGAGACAGAGACCAGCCCGGGCCCGGUGCAGGCGGACAGGGACCUGGCUGAGGAGGCCGUCACAGUGCCCUCGCCGCGCGAGCCGGGCCCGCACCGGGCCCAGUCUCCUGCCGCAGAGCCGGCCGCACCGCGGACGGACGCUACGGUGUCAAUCACACCGCAAGGAGGCACUGCAAGGCCGGCCGCACCGCAGACAGAGACUGCAAGGCCGGCGACACCGCAAACAGAGACUGCAAGGCCGGUCACACCGCGGACAGACACUGCAGAGCCGGCGACACCGCAAACAGAGACUGUAGAGCCGGCCACACCGCGGACAGAGACUGCGAGACCGGCGACACCGCAAACAGAGACUAUAGAGCCGGCGACACCGCCGACAGACACUGCAGGGCUGGUCACACCGCGGACAGACACCAUAGAACCGGCCACGCGGCAGGUGAGCAGCGGCGAGUCGGAGCGGCCGGACACGCUGCCGGCCGGCCGGCGCCACAGUGCCGCCGGGGACGGUCCCCGGGUGCCGGCCGGGCGCGCUGACAGUCCGCCGGCGUCCCCCGGCAGUCCCGCCGCGGCCGGCGGCACGCCGGCCACCGAGCCGAGACGGCCGGAGGCGGGCGCGCGCCACUCCGUCUCACCCAAUCUGAACACCACCAUCACCAUGUCGCCCUCCGAGAGCAGACUGGCGUCACCGAACGUGGACCUGGGCGCCACCGUCACCGGCCCGGCGCCGCCGGCCUCGCGGAAGGCGCCGUCGCCCGACCUGAACGCCACAGUCACCGUGUCGACGACACAGGGCCGCAAGUCGGCCUCGCCCGACCUGAACACGACGGUGACGGUGGCGGCGCCGGCGGCCGGACGUCGCCGCUCGCCACCCGCGGUCGGCCCCCCGCCGGCGGCCGGACGUCGCCGCUCGCCGCCGGCAGUCGACCUGAACGCCACGCGCACCCUGUCGCCGGUUGCGCCGGGCAGAGGCGGUCUGCCGGCGUUCGACAGCUGCAGCCCCAUCCGGCCGGAGCCGGCCGACCGGAUCCUGCGCCGCACCCGGACGCCGCUGAAGACGCGGCCGUCCGCCGCGCCGCCGCCCAGCAUGGACUCGACGUUCACGAUGGAGGCGGCGCCGUUUCGUGUGCCGCUGGCGGCGUCGGCGGACGGCGGUGGUGGUGCGCCUGCUGGUGGCAGCGGCCAGCGAGCUGUGGCUGGCAAAGGUGCCCUGAGAGGCUCCGCCUCCAGCACCCACCUCGGCGUCCAGAGGACCGGUCUGAGCCGGUCGGCGUCGGCCGCGCACCUCUCGCAGACGGGCCGCGUCGGCAGCGGCUCGCGGUCGACAGCCGGCGCGCCCGGCUCGUCCGCCCGGCGCGGCUUCGAGGCGUCAGCGCGGCUGGCGACCACGGCGCCCAACCCCAGCCGCCUGUCGCUCUCGGCGCAAAAGGCGCGCAGCACGUCCCGCCUGCACACCAGCGCCUCUGGCGGCCGAGACGAGAACCAGCAGCCCGACAGGCCUGCGUGGGGUCGGACGGCGCCGCCAGCCGUCGGGGCGGAUAAGGCCGCCGGCCGGCACGGCCUCAUCUCCUCGGUGGGCAAGUUCGGCCUGGGCAGGAGCAGGACGGGCGCCAAGGACCGGCCGGCCGGCGUCCUCAAACCGGCCAACCAGUGA